AUGGCAGACCAACUUGCCAUAUACGAUGCCACACUGGCCUGUCAUCAGGUUUUCCGAGACCUAGGUGCUGUACCUAUCUUGGAAGAAUGGGCAGAGAACUGCCUAGCUGACUUGAACUUGUGGGCUAAUGGGGCUGGUGCUUUGAAGGUGGGAAAGGCAUCCCUUGAUGCUCGACUAUCCUCGAACCUGGACGCAAAGAUCUUUGUGGUUAACCUUUUGAGAAUGCUGCAAGGAUUUGUGGAAAAGUGCGUUGAGAUAGGAAGCGAGGUGCACAAUGAUACACCAGAAACCUUUGAACUAUCCCAGGCUAUCCAGGAUGUAAAUGAUAUUAUGGGCCAACUCAGCAGGAUCACAAUUUCGAUUCGCAAAGCUGGUACAAAUGCUCGCAUCCAAAAGGCCGAUGCUUCCUAUGACCCUGAUCAUCCACAGGUUAAAGCUUUAUCUCAGCACCUCCAGCUGCUUUUGCUAGUAAAGCCUAGUAAGAAUGGCACUCUGCAGGCAAAGGCCUCUCCGCAGGGCAUCCUAGUGCUUUCAUCCAGAGACGAUACCAUUGUGAUCGAUCCACACUCUUUGACUGCUAUUCAGCAACGACUCAUUAAAGCAAAUUUGAAACGGAGAAAUCGAUUUUUAUAUGCCCAGCGCCAUGCGAUGAAAUUGUCUGAGAGACAUCAGGUCCCCUCAACAUCGAUACCGGCACCCCGAAAAUUACCCCUGCCACCCGUCCUCAACGUUCUCAAAGGGACUACAGAAGAGCAUGGAGUGCCAAAAGUCUAUAGUGCAACCACCGCCACCGAAGUACAGGAUCCGAUUGCACUACCAACGCAAGCCAGUGCCCAGCCGGCAACCACAGUCAUCUCUACAAUCAGCUCUCGCGUGACGUAUCCCAGGCCUCCUCCACUUAGAAGCGAUCAGAAUGUAUUUCAGUGCCCUUGUUGUUAUCAGAUAUUGCCAACUUCUAUGAGCAGAGGAAGUCAGUGGAAGUCCUUACCAUGGGCACCGGGGGAGGAUGGGUCUGAUGAUGAUUUGUACGAUGGCUAUUAUGAAGAACAUCCAUAUUUUAAUAUAGGAAGAUCAGUCGGUACAGAGAGUGAGCGAUCGAGAUCUACGAUGUCAUCUGAGCAGAGGGACCUAAAACAGUUACCUGCCGUGGGUUCUGGUGGAGAGACAACGGAAAACAGUCGGCUGACAGAAGAGAAGAUACGGGGUAUUUUGGAAAAUCCGAAUGUUGAAAAAGAUAUGCUGGAUGCGUUCUUAAAUGGCAUUGAGAACCAGGAGUCUUUCCAGGAGCCAUCCCCACUCGCCAGCGUCAGCAAUCUUGGUUCAGUCCUUGACAGCCAGAGCAAGUAUGAAGAGGCGGAAGCCAUGCACCGACGGGAUUUGGAAGGGUUAGAGAAGGUGCUAGGGCCAGGGCAUCCAGACAAUGGCAAGGUUCGCGCAUUCCAGAAGGUCGCAGCCGGCAAGAUGGCGCAUCCUUCCAUCAAGAUCGAUACCAACGUCCAAACCGCGAAGCGCGGCUUGGAGGCCGAUGGCGAUGGCUUCGAUGUGCCUGGUGAACAGGGGGAUCCCCGGUUGGAUGCUGGCAAUACGGACGAUGUCCCGCCGUUUUUGUGCCAAUCAGUCUCGGAGAUUCACGACAAAUUUGAAGACCUCGAAUGGAUGCAGAGGACGCGACUGACCGAGGCCAUGUCGUCCAACGAUCCCGCCCACCGUUUUGCCCUCGAGAGCGACCCCAAAGUCAAGGCUCGGAAUCGAUAUUUCAACGUGCAGGCGUGGGCCAACUGUCGCAUCCAUCUGCGGGUGCCUGAGGGCGAGUGUGAUUUCAUCAACGCCUCUCCGAUCAUACUGAAGGACUCGGCCUCGAAGGAAGAGAGGACCUACAUUGCGACCCAGGGACCCAAGCUUGGACAUCUCUCACACUUUUGGCAUAUGGUUUUCCAUGAAAGCAAGGAUGUGGCUGUCAUUGUCAUGUUGACCCAGACCUUCGAGGCUGGCCGGGAGAAAUGUGCACAAUACUUCCCAUUGGAUUCGGAGCAGGCUUCGAUGAUUCUGACAGAAGAGGAGUCGGAUCCAUUCGUGAACGAUGAGAGUAGCCAGGAGGAGGCACCCCGGGACAUUGGGAAGGUGACCUUGUUGGAAUCAACGUUCGAUGCUAAAUCACGCUCGGAGAUUCGCAAGCUCGAGCUGACCAUCGGCUCGGAGUCGAAGAUCGUGUGGCAUUUCCUCUUUGCCGGCUGGGCGGAUUACUCCAAGCCCGAAGGCAGCGACCGCGAGGCACUCCUUGAACUGAUCAAAUUGACGGCUUCCAAAUCUGGGGGACCCGACAAUCCACGUGUGGUCCACUGCAGCGCAGGUGUUGGCCGCACGGGAACCUUCAUCGCCCUGGACCAUCUCCUCCAGGAGCUGGAAUCGGGCCAGUUGCUGCAGGUAGCCGAUUCCGAGACCGACCCCGUGUUUGAAACGGUCAAUCAGAUGCGUGAACAACGCAUGAUGAUGGUUUACAACGAGAUACAAAUGCAGUUCAUCUACGAGGUGCUUCGAGAGCAAACGGAUAUCAAAUUGGGCAAGAUGCCAGGACAGAACAACGUGUCGCCUGGAAGCCGAAUGGAUGAACCCCAGUCCGCCAAGCUUGCCAGUUGA